AUGAGCGAAACCUGCGACCUCAUCAUCGAUCAACUGAAGUACAACGACGAGGGGGUCUAUACUUGUACUUGUGAUGGUGGUGGUCAACCUGUCGAUCGUAAGCUGUAUGUUGUAGCUCCUGUAGAAGUGAAUGUGACCGCUGGAGACAACGUAGCCCUACCCUGUUACGCUGGUACUACAGCUGGCGCCAAGCCCUACAAUUUAUGGAGGAUAAUAAAGGACGAUAAAGAGCAGGUACUGCGGUUUGAGAACGGGGCAUUUUCAUUCGGGAAGAAGAUGGAGGGCAGAGUGUCAGCCUCUGAAGAGGGCUACCGCUCAGGUGACUACUCCCUGUAUAUCAACAACACGCUCCCCUCAGAUAGUGGUCUCUACAUCUGCGAUUAUUCAGAGACGGGAGACCAAGAGAAAUUCCGAGGGGCUUCCAGGGCAUUUCAGCUGAAUGUGCAAGGUGAAACUUGGCCAAUAUCAGCCAUUGUGGUGGUGACCAUCCUGGGAUCUAUCCUUCUGGGCUUCUUGUUGCACCGGUAUGUCGGAUGGGGAUGGCUUCCCAAGCGUUGUGGCACUGCUGAGGACAGGAGAUCAGAUCAGCCAUCUCUGUCUUUGAUGGAAACCGGCAGCCACUCUACUGAGCCUUUGGGAAGACAGAGGAAGGAAGAGAGCAGUUGCGUUACCCUGGAGAAGAACUACGAGUAA